CACUAAACACACAGCCUUCUUACCGGUUGUCAUGCUAAUUAUAAAUACAGAAUUUGUCCUUUAGUGUGGGGGAGAAAUUGAUAAAUCAUAGUGAAAUUGGAAGAGGUCACAACAUGGGGAAGAAAGCAAAAAAGGAAGCUGAAACUGCAUGCAAGGAACCGUUUGAGCCACUACAUGUUGAAGGAACAACUCCAGAAACAGUGGUGCUGCUGCUGAGCUCCCAGGAGGAGGACAUCCUAGUCAAAGCCUGUGAAGCAAUAUACAUAUUUGCAGAGAAAGGAGAUGAUAACAAAUUCUCUCUGCUGGGACUCGGGGCAUUAGAGCCUCUCUGUAAGCUCAUCAGCAACAACAACAGGCUGGUCAGACGCAACGCUUUCAUGGCCUUAGGCAUCAUGGCCACCAACGGUGAGGUAAAGAGUGCUCUGAAGAAAAAAGAUGUCAUUCCAUCAAUCAUUGACAAACUGUCACUUGAAGAAGAUACAGUGGUCCAUGAGUUCGCGACACUGUGCCUGGCCUCUCUGUCGGUGGAUUUCGUCUGUAAGGUCCAGAUCUUUGACAACAAGGGCCUGCCACCUCUGAUCCAGCUCCUCUCCAGUCCAGACCCCGAUGUGAAGAACAACUCGCUUGAAAUCAUCUUUAACCUAGUUCAGGAUCAGAAAAGUCGACUGGCAGUCCACAAGUCAGGCGGGAUCCCUCCACUUCUGGAACUGUUAAAGUCCGACUUCCCUGCCAUUCAGCAUUUGGCUUUAAAGACGCUGCAGAAUGUCACCACUGAUGCAGACACAUGCAACACCUUCAGGGAAGAGCAAGGGUUUGAGAAACUCAUGGAAAUCCUCAGUAACACGGACUUCAGUGACCUUCAUGCUGGGACCCUACAGGUAGUUGCUAACUGUUUGAGUGACAGUGAGAGUUUACAGCUGAUCCACAAGGAUGGAGGACUGAAGAGGCUGAUGGAGUUCAUUCUCACCCCCAACACACCUGACAUCCAGUCCAAUGCUGUGAAAUGCAUCACCAGGGUUGCUCAUAGCUCUGAGAAUCGCAAACUGCUCCAUGAACAGAAUGUGGAGAAGGUUCUGGUAGAGCUUCUGUCUGUGGCGGACAUCAGUGUGCAAACAGCGACCUGCCAGGCGGUGAGCGUCAUGAGCUUCCACCUCGCCAGCAAAGACAGCUUCAGAGACCUGGGUGGAAUCCCUGCAGUUGUACAGCUGCUGAACAAUGAGAGUUUGGUGCUGAAAGAGGCAGCAGCACAGGCCCUCUCUUACCUCACACAUAGCAACCAGCUCAACAUGCUUGCAGUGUACGAGGCAGGAGGCCAUGAAGUCCUUGUCCAGCAGCUAAAUGGAAGCUGUCUCAGGACGUUGGCUAAUUCUGCUGCCACACUUGGCAACAUGGCAGCGCAGGAGGUCAUCCGCUGCAGUAUUCUGUCCCUAGGAGCCGUUAAAGCUCUGGUGGAGCCUCUGAACUCCACAGAUACACAACUGCUGGUCAACACCACGCGGUGCCUCGCAGUGCUGACCUGUGAUACAGAAGCCAGGGCAGAGCUGCAACGUGCUGGAGGCCUUCACCCACUGGUCAAUCUGCUGCGUUCCUAUCACAAAGAAGUGUUGCACAAUGCAUGCUGGGCUAUCAGCGUCUGCGCCAGUGAUGGGCCUGCCGCUGUGGAGAUGUGCACAUUUGGAGCCCUGGAAAUGCUACAGGAAAUCAACCAAUCAGUGAAUCGAAGGAGCCGUUUCAGCGAGCUGGCUAUGAUCAGCCUGCUUAACUCCAACCUGUCCGCCAAAUACAGCCUGACCAGUCACUUAGCCUCCACUGACCUUAUAUGUGACGGCUUCUAUGACGCUGGGAAGGCUCGUGCAGGACGAAGGAUUCUGACUUUAGAGGAAAUGUCAAAGCAGCCGGUCAACGAGCACCGGCCCAUCAUUGUAGUCAACACAGCAGCAGAAGAGACAGUGGAGACAGAAGAGAGGCAGAGCAACGCAUCAGAAACAGACACCAGCAGCAAGGCAGAGCGCAGGACCCCGAGGAAGAAGAAAGAGGAGGACAAACAGAAAGAUGAGCCCCUCCCCGAGAAACCGUGGAAGAUGAUGGACGACGUCUCGUUGCAGCUUCUCAUUAAAGAGGCCAAAGAAUCCAUCAUCCCUCUGACUGAUGAACGGGAGCAGUGUGCUGCCUUGGCAAGGCUGGUGAGUGAAGCCAUGGGAGGAGCAGUGGAGAUGGAAAGGUUGCAUGAAUAUCCGUGGGUGCUGCACCUCAGCGAGCUCAAGUUUCAGCUUCAGGCGAACGUCGUUCCCAUCGGCUUGAUCAGCAAGGGAAUCUACGGCCAUAGGGCUCUUCUCUUCAAGUGUCUGGCUGAUUGCAUUGGACUGAGCUGCACACUGGUCAGAGGGGAGUAUAACCGGGCUUGGAACGAGGUGCUGCUCUUCAACAGGAAGGAGCGCCCUGCACAGCCCUGCCGCUACACAGUAGACCUCAUGCACCAGCCUGGAAGCCUGCUGGCACCAAAUACACUUGCAGCUGUGCAAUACCAGACUAUAUAGCAAUAUAUUGAUUUGUAUUGUGUGUGUAUUUGUAGUUAAAUCUGACAAUAAAGUAUCAAAUGUUCA